GCCACAAUGCGUCACUCAGUGCGCACGCGCGUCUUUACAGGAAGUGUGAACAUUUCCUCCACCAGCUGAUCGCGACUUGUCAACAGAGGAGCCUGCGACCCCGCGGCUCCGAACCCCUGAACCCAGGCACAACAGGCAGAGAAGAGACGUCACCAGCGAGACCCGACUACAGCCGGUUUUUUUGAAGUAAAGUGACCGACGUCCAGACGCAUCCUACUCCACUCCAGGGAGGAGGCCCAGCCCCCCUGCCGACUCCUACGCGGGCCGGUAUGAGCUCCAGAGGGAGUGGAGGCCGCACCAACGGCACACUACCCCAGACCAAGAUCUGCCAGUUCAAGCUGGUGCUGCUCGGUGACAUGGCCGUGGGCAAGUCAAGCCUGGUGCUGCGCUUCGUCAAGGGACAGUUUGAUGAGUUCCAGGAGACGACCAUCGGAGCUGCUUUCCUGGCCCAGUCUGUGUGUCUAGAUGACACCACAGUGAAGUUUGAGAUCUGGGACACCGCGGGACAAGAGCGAUACCACAGCCUGGCGCCCAUGUAUUACCGCGGAGCUCAGGCCGCCAUCGUCGUCUUCGACAUCACCAAGCCGGUACAAGAUAAACAUUCAUUCUUCAGUUACCUGUUUGUGUAG